AAAACCUCAAGUUUUAGUUUGUGCGCUACUGUAAAUUGAACCGUAUGAGUUCUGGACCUAAGACCUUGAAAAGAAAGCCUGAUGAAUCUGUUGGUGAUCAGGUCCCAGUCAAAGUAAUUGAAAAAUCAAGUCAGGCCCCUCGGCGUCAGCCCAUUAUAAGUCCUAUCAAGUUAAAUGUACCCACACAGGAUGUAACGCCUGAAAUUCCCAAAAAGGUAGAUAGCAAGGUCCGUGAAGUCUUCAACUCAGAUGAGGAAAGUGAGGAAGAAGAGAUUCCAACAGAAGCCAGAAUACGAAUGCGAAAUUUAGGAAGAUAUACUCCAACAUCUUGCGGUCCAAAUUCAUUUGGUAAAGGACGAUUCGGUUUUGUUGAUCGUAGAGCAUUACUUAAUAAACAAACAGAAGCAUUGAAUGAAGCCGUUUCAGAAGAGAAUGCACGUUAAGCAUUCUAAUCACUACUAUUAUUAUUUCAAUAAUCAAAAUGCAAAUACACUGACUAUUAUUUUAUCAAGCAAACUACCACUACUACUACUACUACUACUAACAGCAUCAUAUCGAGCCGUUGAUUGUGUGUGGGGGUGUGCGUGUGUA